AGUGAGAGAAAUGCUGACUAGACAGAAUGAGGUGACUUUGUCAUGUAUUGAAGAAGGAAAGUCAAAAUUACUGAGCAAAGUUGCCAUGUUAAUGGGUCAUUUGUUGUGUUGGAAGAAUAUCAUUAAAAUAUCUCAAUCAUCAAACGUUAAUUGGUUUGGAUUAUUGCAGUUCGUUAGUUGUUGUGUACAUACUCACAUUGACCAUGUAACAGGAUUUAAAAAGUGUAUUACUGAUUUAUUAUUAAUAUCACUGAGUCAAGAAAAUGAAGAGUAUUUGAUAAUUAGUUUAUUAUUGUCAAGACAAGGAGGGAUGGAGGGAGGGCAUGUCUUCCCAUCAUAUGGUAACUGGUUUAAGUCAGUUUUUGGUUCUUCUCAACAUUCUUUGAUGGAUUCUAAAAGAACUUUGACGUUUCUAAUGAAGUGUUUGACUAAUUUAAUCAAUGAGGAUCCGCCAUAUUGUUUACAAGCUCAUAUUACUUUUCCUCCAAGAAAACUAGCAAAGUGUAGUCAGUUAGUAACUGGUUAUAUUGUAAAGGCUAAAUCAAGAUUGGACUAUUUACAAGUUGAUUAUGAUUACAUUGAUACUAAUAGCACUGAAGAUAAUGUUGAAAUCAAUCACGAGUUCUCAAUGGCUGAAGUUGAAUUAAAUGACAUACUGUCUUCAUUUGAGGCUAACAAUUGUCAGACUAUUCCUAAUAAACUGUUGGAGUAUCAAAUGUUCAAUCAGCCUUACUAUACUGGAAGGAUACUGAGAUUAUUAUUAGCUCCUAGACAAAUUCCUUCACCUCCUGAUACAAGGGAAAGACUCAUUGAAGCACUUAAGAAAAGAGAUAAAAGCCACCAGUCUAUGUUUGCUAAAUACGAAAGAGAAUGUAAAAAGUUAAACAACUCAACUAGUAAUGGCGAAGGUUCUAGUUCCAGUAAGAUGUUGCUGAUGUAUUCUCCAUUAGAAGAGAAGCUGGAGAGACUGAAGAGACACUAUGAGGACAAUGAAGAUCAAUUAGGUCCAAUUUUGUCUCAAGUGUCCACUGCGAUUAAUCAAGUAGUCAGUGACAUUAAGAAAUCAAUCAUUAAUAAUAAUGAUAAAUCAUCGAAAAAACACAAUGGAGACAUAUGCAGUCCAGGACUGAAGGAAUGGGAAAUACAGGUGGUUGAGUUACUAUUGAAGUACAUUACUGAAAUUAUUAUUAAAAUAUCAUUACCACUCCAUGAAAGUGAGGCUGACAUUACUGAUAAACAGUUUGUGCUGGUUGAUUUAUUUGUGAAGAUGUUAUCAAGCCACACUGAGCUACACUGGCCACUAGUAAUGAUGGUUUAUGAACUGUUACAUGAUAAAUAUCUGGAAUUGACUGAUUCUCAUUAUUAUUCAUUGUCAGUUUUGUGUGUGUCUUUAUACAAAGAGGCUGUCAUUUAUCAAGACAUUGUGAUAAGAUGGCAGCCAUGUUGUGCCCUUGAGUCAUUAGCAAUUCAAGAUUCUACUGAUUAUUGUUUAUUUUUCAUGAGUUCACUAGUUCAUGUUAAUACUGAAGGAAUGUUGAAAACUGCCAAGUUUUAUUGUCAUUUCUUUCAUAAUUUACUGACAUCAGGAGGAGCAGAUGAUAUUUUGAAAGCAGUUGUUGAUAAUGAUAGCAAUGUGAUUAAUAUAGUUAAUAAAUUUAAUUAUAUUAGUAAGAGGUUAGCAGCUGCCAGUUUGAUUGAUGUCCCUCCAAAAUUUAACGAAGAGAUAUCUGAUGUAAUAAAGAUGAUUGACAGCUUAUGUGAAGUACCAGUAAUGUCACAGAUAAUGGAGGCAACAAAAUUUGAUCCGAAUGUGUGGUUACCAUGGGAGCUGUCCUUUGACAUUAGCAGUGACUUUCUAACACCAUUAGCAAGGAGGAAGUUUAGAAGAGUGGCGUUAUCAAGUGUACCGGUGGUCAAACAGGUUGAGCUGGUUUUGUGUAGUGUCCUAUCGUUGCAAAUGAGAUAUUGCUCCAGUCAUCUUUUAGAGUCAAUCAGAGCAGCCAUUAAUAAUAAUCAGUUUGAAUCAAUACAACUUAUUAAUGAGUUGGUUGGCUUGGCCACACCUACUUUUGAGAGGCCCCUCCCACUUUUAAUGAAUUCAUUUGCCGUUGUACUUGAGGCAGAAUUAGAAAUUUUCGUUCUGAGCAGCCAUUUUGCACACGUGGCAUUGAGGAAACGCCCUUUUCGUUUGGAAGAUAUUCGUUCUACAAGGAAUGAGAACAAAAAGAAUGAAAUUAAACUCGGACGGAAUAUACCCACUGUACAGUAUAUGUAA